AUGAGCCAUUUCGCCAAUCCGCUGGCGACGCCCUCACAGCUCUACCAGCGCGCAUCUGCCUCAUCGCUGCCGCUGGAUCUCCACGAGGCCGUCUUCGUUGCGACGCAAUGCCUGACCCAGGCGGCCGGCAGACUCUUGCAGCUGCCUCAGUCGGUGACGGCGCAAGCCAAUGUGCUUUUGGCGCGGUACUGGGUGGUAGACUCGCCCAUGGCCCAUGAAUUCAGCGACGUAUCAGCUGCUUCGAUAUACCUCGUCGCAAAGCUGGGGCCAAUUCCUCGUUCCCCGCGGGAUGUCUCCAACGUCUACGCGUAUCUGGCAUCUGCCAAUUCGCAACUUUUCCCUACAGACGAGCCACCAAAGAACGAUCCGCGGACAUACUACCAAUCGGAGGCGGACUAUUACGCUUUCCAGCAGCGCAUGUUGAGCUUGGAAGCUCGUAUACUUCGGUCACUGUCGUUUGAUACUCACGUCGCUCUUCCACACCCGCUAGCCAUCACCUACCUCCAGACACUGGAUUUCCUAUCGCAGCCACGAUCCACAGUCUCUCUGCGAGUACUUCAAUACCUCAACACAUCUCUACUAUCGCCACAGAUGCUCUACGUCACCCACCAGCCGCACGCUUUGGCCACGGCGGCGAUAUAUAAUGCAGCGCGCGACGUGGGCGCCAAGAUGCCGGAGCACGAGUGGUGGGAGGUAUUCGACGUUGACCGCGAAGAGCUGGGAUUUCUGGUGGUUGCCAUGCGUAGCGUGGAGGGGUGGAUGCAGAAGCUCAAGGAAGAAAUCCCGAGCUUUGGAAGCAAGAUGUUAAAGAGAAGCAUGAUUGAAGACGAAUUAAAGAAGAGAGGGCUACGUGUCGACGGCGGAAAUACGGCAGCCGUGGAUGAGGAAGACGAAGUUAUGCGAAUGAUGGACAGUCGCUGA